AUGGCAGCACUUGUCUGUCAUCUGUCAUUGCUCAUGCUCAUUCUGGUGGCUGUGCAAAUGGUUGUGCCGUACACCUUUAAGAACUGCGUUGAACUGAGGAACACCAGAAAGCGGAGCUUCAAAUGCACCACUCGAGAGUGGAAUAUAUCUGUCAUAUUGGAGGACCUGCCGCCGUCCGUCAUCAAUCUCACCAUUUUGGCAAGCCCUAUCAAAGACAUUCCUGACAAAGCCUUCGUCCACAUUAAAGACCUUCAGCAUCUUGAGUUGGGCAGAAACCGUUUGAGGACCAUAAGUGACUUGUCUUUUGAUGGACUCAAUCAACUCAAGUUUCUCGACUUGUCGUUUAACAACAUCUCCCAGCUAAGGCCCAAGCUUUUUGCGAACCUGCACAAUCUCACUUUCCUCACUCUGAGUGGCAACCACAUCAAGUCCAUGCCAGUGGACAUUUUCUCAACUAGGCAGCACAUGCUCGACACUUUAAUAUUGCAGAGCAACCGUUUAACAAACUUCUCAGAGAUUGCUGACGCUGUGUCAUACUUAAAGAAUCUGAAGGAAUUAAACCUUUGCCAAAACAACUUAACAUCUCUGCUUCACUCCAAUAUUUCGCUCCCUCAAUCUCUCACCAAGUUGGUCCUGUGUAAAAACAACCUAGACAUGUUAGGAUGCGGGCGCCACUUCUUCUCUGGGAUCAAAAUCUUAGAUUUGUCUUUAAAUUCUCAACUGACUACAGAGGCUUUUCAGGAUGUGGACUUAAAUGGGACAAACUACCUCAAGUUGAGCUCAACCAAGGUAAAUGUGACGAUCCUUUUAAAUAUCAGCAACAUAAAAGCAGGACACAUCGACUUCACAGGAACAGGUGUGAAAACCAACACUAUGUUACUUGAGCUGUGCAAGCUUUUAAGGAGCAAGGUGAAAAGUCUUAAUACGUUGCGUCUGAGCAACAAUAGCAUCACUAACCUGCAAAAUGAUACAUUGUCCCAAUGCCCAACAAUCCGUACAGCCUUGGAUCUAUCCAACAAUAACAUGGGAAAUGCUCAAAACAAGGUAUCAUCAGACUGCCUAAGAUUUAUUGGCAAGAAUAAAUAUUUGAGAAAGUUUUAUUUUGAACACAACCACUUGACCUCCAUUGCCUCUUGCAAGAAUGUAACGUUACGCUUUAAUAAAAUGGAAGAGCUCAGCUUACGAUACAACCGCAUCCUCUCAGUGGAUUCUUACGCUUUUUAUCACACACCAAAUAUAAAAACCCUGAAAUUAAACAUCAACAUCAUCGCCUUUCUUCAUCAUGAAGCUCUUAAAGGACUCUACCAGCUUGAGAACCUACGCUUGGACAACAACCUUCUCACCGACCUUUUUGCUGACACUUUUGAAGAUCUGAUUGUGCUGCAAUCUCUUAACCUGCGAAACAAUCGCAUCGCAGUCAUUUUCAACGGAACCUUCCUCCAUCUUGAAAAUCUGACAACUCUGGACCUCGGAGGGAACAAGAUUUCCCACAUUGAACCCUCGGGAUUUCAAGGACUACGAAGCCUCUCCAAGCUAUACCUAGAUGGAAACAACCUGAAACAGAUUCAUACAUCUCUCCAUGGGGCGUUUCUGGACACACUCACAGUGCUGGAUUUGGAAAGAAACCUGAUUAUGUUCCCGACCAAAAGAGUACCCUCACCAUUUGUGAAGCUUAGCAGACUCAAUGACUUGAAGUUAGGUGGACAGCGUCCAUACGGUCUCACCCGAUUGCAACAUAAGUUCUUCCGCGGCCUCCGCAACCUAACUUCUCUCUACCUCGCCAAUAAUCAAAUCUCGUACAUUGCCGUUGACGCAUUUGACGACCUGACGAACCUGAUUUUCCUCACCUUGCAGAAGUGCUGCGUCGUGAACAUAGAGCUGAAACCGGGAAUUUUUAAUAGUCUUCGGAAAUUAUCCUACUUGUCUGCAGAAAAUGCUGGCUUCCAGACCUUCUCUAGGGACGUGUUUGGCAAUCUAACCGGGUUGCAGACAUUACAGCUCAACCACAAUGGAAUGCAAACACUCGAUGUAGAUGUGUUGGAAAGUAUGCCUCAUUUGCGAUACUUGGACAUACGCAACCUUUCGCUCAGCUGCACAUGCCAGAACAGUUUGUUGCAGAAUUGGACAAUGAAGAACCAACAGGUCCAAGUAGUGUAUCUUUACGAUCUUCCUUGCCAGCAGGGGGAAAAUAAUAACUUCUACAACUUCAACACAGAUGUCUGCUAUGUCGACCUCGGCAAGUAUCUCUUCUUCACCACGUCAACUGUGGUAGUGUUGUUCACAUCCUUUCCGCUGCUUUAUGUCCUACUUUAUUGGAAAAUGAAGUAUGGCUACUAUGUGUUUCGCGCCUGGUUCAGUGAGCAGUGGCGCAAGAUCAAAGAGGAGGAGGAAAACUGUACAUAUGAUGCUUUUGUUUCCUACAACUCCAGUGACGAACAGUGGGUCAUGGUGCAGCUUUUGCCCAACCUGGAGGGCAACGGCUCGUCUUUGAAACUCUGCUUGCAUCAUCGCGACUUUGAGCCAGGUCGGGAUAUUGUAGACAACAUUGUGAACGCCGUGUACAGCAGUCGCAAGACCAUCUGUGUCAUUAGCCGAAAUUUCCUCCAAAGCGAAUGGUGCUCCUUGGAAAUCCAGCUAGCCAGCUACCGGCUUUUCGACGAGCACCGCGACGUUCUCCUGCUCAUCUUCCUAGAACCAGUCUCCGAGCGUCAAAUGUCCUCCUACCACCGCAUGAGAAAGGUCAUGCUGAAGAAGACGUAUCUGCAGUGGCCCGGCUGGGACUGCCUAAACCCCGAGCAAGCUCAAGAGCUGUUCUGGAAUAAGCUGCGUCAUGCAGUAAAGACAGGGAGCAAACAGGAGACUGAAGAAUAUGAGACUCAGGCAUCUCCUAACAAUGACGAUUUGGGAGAUUCUGACACUCAGACUCUGAUACCGGACGGAAACUACUAUACAUAUUAA